AUGAGAAGCUCGACUCACCGAGAAGGCUGGUUUUGGGAGAUUGAAGAGGAAGAAAUUCAGAGGCAGGGAGAGGCGUCCUUCUUACAGCAGCGGAAAAAAGAAAGGGUGGGUCAUUCUAAUAGUCUAAUCCUCACAGCGGCUCCCACCGUCUCUCCGUCCUCCACUCCCUUCACCUUGAUUCUCGCCUUCCCUCAAGCGCAGAUCCAGAACACCACAAAAGGGAAUCUGUGGCGGUGA